AUGCAACUCUGCCUUCUCGCUCUCCUUGGGGCGGCGACACUGGUCUCUGCUCUCCCCGUUGAGUCAAGUCAGCAGAUUGAGCCUGCUACUACGGAUCUGAAUACGCGCCUGCUCCACUACAACUACAGGCGCAACGAACCCGCCCCUGACCUGCUCCAUUAUAACUACAGGCGGGGUGAACCUGCUCCUGACCUCCUUCAUUACAACUACAAGCGCGACGAGCCUGCUCCCGGCCUGCUUCACUACAACUACAGGCGCGACGAGCCUGCUCCCGACCUGCUCCACUACAACUAUAGGCGCAACGAACCCGCUCCCGACCUGCUCCACUACAAUUACAGGCGCGACGAGCCUGCUCCUGAUCUGCUCCAUUACAAUUACAGGCGCGACGAGCCUGCUCCCGACCUGCUCCACUACAACUAUAGGCGCGACGAACCUGCUCCCGACCUGCUCCACUACAAUUACAGGCGCGACGAGCCUGCUCCUGAUCUGCUCCAUUACAACUACAGGCGCGACGAACCUGCUCCCGACCUGCUCCACUACAACUACAGACGGGACAGCACCGCAGCCGAGACCAACGAGUAA